AUGCAGUUUAGUUUUGCGUGUUUUCUUCUGUUUUUGGUAACGGGAUUUGUGAGCACAGAAAAACAAUGCCGAAUGCCAAACGGCUACGUCGGGGAAUGCAAGCUGCUGAAGAAAUGCAAACCUUUGUACGACCUUAAUAAAAAGAGAGUGAAAUCUGAACAAGAGCUUUUGUAUCUGAGGCAGUCGUCAUGCGGAGUUACAUCAAGUUUUCAACAAUUGAUUUGUUGUCCACCUGAAGUACAAUGGACGAACUUCAAGGAUAUCAAGCCAGUCAUUUUAAAAGAAAUCAUGGAAUAUAAUACCGAUUUUAAAGAAACACCAAAGGUUGACACUGGAACUGGUUUACGAUAUAGUAACGACGAAAAAAAUGAUAAAGUUGAGAAACAUAAAGAGGAUACAAAAUAUCCGCCAGAUUUCCCCAUGCAAAAUGAUAAAUCAUGUGGGAAAGACUUUUCAAAUGCUAAUAGAAUAAAAGGAGGGGGCGCUGCAGCUGUAGACCAAUUCCCGUGGCUUGUUUUGCUUGAAUAUGAGAAUGGUCAGACAUUAUGCGGGGGCAGUCUCAUCACUAAGAAAUUUAUAUUAACUGCUGCGCACUGUAUUAAGCGCACUUCCGAACCAAAAUUUGCACGCCUGGCAGAAUAUAACACAUCAUCGUACCCAACAGAUUACGUUGAAACAGAUGGAGGUGGUAUCGAUGAGGUCACGGUGGAGAUUAUUCCCAUAGAGAAAAACUUGGCCCACCCAAACUACACAAGAUUAUAUGUACACCACGAUAUUGGUCUGUCAAAAUUAAAAAGGGAUGCUGUUUUGGGGGAUUUCAUCAGGCUUAUAUGUCUACCUACACAGGACUUUAGAAUAGAUUUUAAAAGCCGAGUAACCUUUACUGUCGCGGGUUGGGGGAGCGAUGGCAACAAGUUCAGCGAUGUGAAGAAAUAUGUCACAGUGCCAUAUGUUCCAGCAAAGGAAUGCCAAGCGUCUUUUAGUUUAAACAGAAUAAUUGAGGCUCAAAUCUGCGCCGGUGGACGAGAAGGUGAAGACUCCUGUUCAGGUGAUUCCGGAGGACCCUUGAUGUACGAGCACGGCACUACAUACGUAGCGAUAGGAAUUGUGAGUUACGGCUUAGGACGAUGCGGCACAGAUAACACUCCCGCUAUAUAUACGUAUGUCUACUCGUAUUUAGAUUGGCUAAGAAAUAACAUGGUCUGA